AUGAUUAGUGUUCCAAGCUAUGAUGAUUUUGCUAAACAGCAAAAUGAUAUAUUUUCUAAAGAUUUUCCAAUUGAUGGAGCAUCAUUAGAUAUAAGAACAAAAGCCCCUAAUGGUGUUGAGUUUUCUGUUAAGGGAAAUCAAACAUCAAAGAUCGGCAGUAUCUUAGGCCAACUUGAAGGAAAGUAUUCUGAUAAACUCUCUGGUUUUAGUUUCUUACAAAAUUGGACAACAAACAAUGCUUUGGCUACAAAAAUCGAAUUACAAGAUCAUCUUGCAAAGGGUUUAAGUGCAGAUAUCAAUACUACAUUAUUUCUAUCAUCUAACACUAAAAAUGCAAAACUUGGACUAGGAUAUAAACAACCUACAGUUAACGUUCGUACAACUAUUGAUUUAUUUAAAGGACCUACUUUUCUUGGCAAUAUUGUCGUAGGAAAAGAUGGAUUCCUUGCUGGAGGAAAUAUAAGUUAUGAUAUUCUUAACGGCUCAAUUACCGACUAUGCAGCAUCUAUAGGAUGCAUUCAACCCCAAUAUUCGAUUGCUGUUCAAGCUACGCAAAAUCUCAGCGUAUUUUCAGCAUCUUAUUAUCAUCGUGUGAAUUCACUUACAGAAGUCGCUGGAAGAAUGACAUGGGAUACUAAAAAACCGUCUAGUAUGAUUGCUCUUGAAGUAGGCACAAAACAUUUCCUUGAUAAAGAUGUUUUUGUCAAAGCUAAAAUCAAUAACGAUGGUAUUGCAGGGCUUUCCUAUACACAAACUCUUUAUUCUGGUAUUAAAGUCGGACUCGGUUUGUCUUUGGAUACUCAGCGAUUAUCAGAAGCUGCCCAUAAAAUUGGCAUGUCUAUUACUAUUCAAAGCUAA